AUGCUUCGAUAUUUAUGUUCAGAUGCCACUCCCCUAUCUACUGAAAAUAUUCAGGAUAUUAUUAAAGCCAAAAAUUCAAUGAAGCGGACACCAGAAAUUCACACUUUUUUUUUAGAUAACAAAUCAAUUCCGCCUUUCGACUUUGACAAGGAAGGUGGAAUCAAAGAUCAAAGGGCCGAACCAAUUCU